AUGGAUCAGUUAAGGGAUGAUCUUAUCCAGAUGAGAACUCAGGUUACUGCUCAGAUGGCUCAGUUCAUGGAAGUCAUGCAAAACAUGGCUGAUCGCCAAGAAGAACUCAGAAUCAGGAUGGACACAGUUGCUCAGGUUGUCGCGGAUCCCCCACAAAGAAAUCCUGCUGAUAUUCGUGUCAAUGGUGAGCCUGUGAUCGGAGGACCUGGUGUAAUUCCUCCUGCUGCUAAUCAAGGUAAUCCCCGUGGGCCUCCCCAGCCUACUCCUGAAGGGCAAACCACACAACAAAUCAGAAGGGCUGCUGCUAUCCCCGUGUUGGAAGAGGACCGACAUGAGGACUUGUUUCCUGAAAGUGAAUGGGGAUUUCCGCAUGAUGCUGGAAGAAUGUUCAGAGGUCUGGAGGAAAGGAUGAGGGCAAUGGAAGGCCAAGGACUUGGUAUGGACAUUAAUGACUUGGGUUUGGUUCCUGGUGUCCGCGUGCCGCCGAAAUUCAAAGUGCCGGAUUUUGAGAAGUACAAGGGGAAUACUUGUCCCAAGACCCAUGUCCGAGCUUACUACCGCAAGAUGCAUGUCUAUUCUGAGGAUGAGGGGCUGUUGAUGCAUUUCUUCCAAGAUAGCCUAACUGGGGCAUCUUUGGAAUGGUAUAUGAGGCUGGAAAGAGCUAGUAUUCGAAGCUGGAGAGACUUGGUUGAUGCCUUCAUAAAGCAGUAUCAAUAUAACGUUGACAUGGCACCCAAUCGCACUCAAUUGCAGAAUCUAUCUCAGAAAGCUAAUGAGUCCUUCAAAGAAUACGCGCAAAAAUGGCGCGAGUUGGCAGCCAGAGUUCAACCACCUAUGUUGGAGAGAGAAAUGAUGGACCUGUUCACCAAUACUUUGGAAGGUCAAUACUAUUCUGCUUGUUCUGCAUCCUCGAGUUUCGCCGAGUUGGUCAUGAUUGGUGAGAGAAUUGAAAGUGGAAUCAAGGCUGGUAGAAUUCAGAAUCCGAGUGCUGCUAGUUCCUCUUCUGGGGUUGUUGGAAAGAAACCUUAUAACGGGUUUGCCAAGAAAAGAGAGGGUGAGACGAGCGCUGCUUAUUAUGGUAAAGGCAAAAGCCAGGCUCAUCAACAAGUGGCCGCCGUGACUAUACCGAAUGUUCCAUUUCAGCAACAUCAGCAACGAGGGUAUACUCCGCGCCAGUAUCAACCAAAGGCACCUGAGAGAACUUUUGACCCGAUCCCGAUGACAUAUGCACAAGUAUUGCCAUACCUCCUCGACUUGAAGUUGGUACAAUUGAGAACUCUAGCCACUCCUGCUAAGUUGCCUCCUAAUUGGGAUGCUAAUGCAAGGUGUGAGUUCCACUCUGGAGCACCUGGGCAUAACAUUGAAAACUGCAAAGCAUUGAAGUAUCAGGUUCAAAAUCUUCUCGACUCCAAGGCCAUUGAGUUCACUCCUACUCCAGGGCCUAAUGUUGUUCAAAAUCCCAUGCCCCCUCAUGGGUCUCAUGCUGCAAACGCCCUCGAUUGUGUUGAAGACACUCGUUUGGUUAAGGACGUGACUAAGUUAGGCUCUCUGUUGCCUUUACUGAAAGUAGAAUUAUUGAGAAUGGGGCUAUGUGCUGGUUGUGGAGAAUUGUGUAAUGAUUGCAUGGCCACUUCCUCAGUUUGUGAUAAAGUGAAGAAUGGUAUUCAACAGUUGAUAGAUAGCGGGUAUCUACAGUUUGAGCGCGUACGACGGCCCGAGGUAUUCGAGAAUGAAAUUAAUGUGGCAUCCAUCCCCUACACUCCUGCUAAGAUCCCAAUUCCUGCUAGAGCACCUCCUUUGGUUAUUACAUCACCUGGUCCCGUUCCGUAUACUAGUGAGAAAGCAAUCCCAUGGAAUUAUGGCGGAGAAGUUUUCUACCAAGGGGCCAAGUAUGAGAUUAAAGCACCGGUUGAGAAAGAAGAUGUUGAUAAUGUUGUUGGCAUUGGAAGAAUGACAAGAAGUGGUCGUAUUUUCAAUCCUCCCCAGAGUACUCGCGAUGACAAUACAUAA